UGCUGCCUCCCUGCAUCACAGCUGCACGCACCUGCAGCAGGAAACACCUCCAGCGGCGCGUGAGUCCCCGGGUUGGCUGCUUCUCCUCUGCAGAAAGUCAACACGUGUCAAGUCAGUCAGUGAGUCAGUGAGUCACAGUCAGGGGAGAGCGGUGAUGAAAGUCGGUGCUGACGGCAGAGAACUGGACCUGGGCCCUGAAACCUGAAGGAGACUGAGGAGAGAGAAAGUGCACGAGAGAGAGAGAGCGAGGAGAGAGAGAGAGAGAGAGAGAGAGAGAGAGAGAGAGAGAGCGCGCGAGGAAGGGAAGCAAGAGAGGGAGAGAGGGAGCGCGUGCUUACUUUGUAGUUGCGGAGAGCCGCGUGACAGUUUGCAGAUGCCGACAGAUGUGCCCGAAGACAGGCUCAACAACGAGGAGAGAGCGACCAAGUGUGACAGUAUGACUCUGUCCAGCACCCCAACUGUUCGCAGAGGAAGCACUCCUCUGCCAAUUAAGCACCAGCUCAGACGAGAAGAAGCAGUCCACGAUGACAGCGACUGGACCUCGGGUGCAGCUGGACCUUCUGCUUCACCUAUCAGCUUUAGCCCGGCCUUGGAUGACAUGCUGACUGGGGCUGCUGAAGGCAGACAUGAUGGGCCUUUAAGAAUCGCCCUGCUGGGGCAGAACGGCGUGGGGAAGUCUUCUCUGGCCAUCGCCCUCGCUGGGGACAUGGACAGGACGGCGUCUGUGGAUUCUGAAGGGGAGGGUUUUGUGCGCACGGUCACCGUGGAUGAUGAGGAGAGCACCAUCAUUAUCUAUGACAACUGGAGACAGGACCUGUCAGCUCUGCUGUGUGAGGUGUGUGUCCUGGUGUUUUCAGUCACCGACAGGCGUAGUUUCCACCGCACUGCUCAACUCCGGCUCCUCCUGAGGGAGAUCCAGCCCCAGACUCCCAUCAUCCUCGUCGGUAAUAAGAGUGACCUCGUUCGCACACGCGAGGUCACCUCUCAAGAGGCCAUGUCCAGCGCUGCCCUCUACAACUGUCUGUAUCUGGAGAUCUCUGCCUCUCUGGACCACCGUACUCCGGAGCUCCUAGAGUGCGCCGUACGGCUAGCCAGGGGACAGUCCCCCUGGCCUCCGGGUACCAGCGCGGAGGACAUGAGCAGCGGCGGCCAACGCGAGAGCAUCACCUCCCGUGCAAAACGUUUCCUGUCCAGCCUGGUGCCCCGGUACCCGCGAGAGCGAGAGGUGGGAAAGUUCAUGAGGCAGAAGUCCCGCUCGUGUCACGACCUGGGGGCGCUGUGAUGCUGUUAAUGGUCAGAUUGUUAACAGAGGGAGCUGGAGAUGAUGUAGUAUACCAACAGAGAGAGGAAGAGGGAGUCAUAUAGCAAAAAAUGUGAGGAGGUGUGAUGGAAAGACGAUGUUGUGAGUGAUUGUGUGCGUCCUGCAGAGGAACACAGGGAGAAUGACAGUAACGUUAGUGAUAUUUAUCAUAGGAUGAAUUAGAAAUUUUGUACACAGAAGAGGAAGAUAAAAUACUGUGGAAGAACACAUGUAAAUAAACUAUCGUAGUGAUACAUACCUGCCACCCUCAGAGCUUUGAGAGCUGAAUAAAUUGCUUUUUUGAGUCCUGAGGGAGUGUCUGCUUUGUUAUUAAACGACUUGUCACAUUGUG